AUGGUCGCCAGUGCUGUCCGGAUGCGCACUCCCAGCGCCAUGCUCAUCAAAGGCGCCUCCUCCCUGAGGAGGCCGCAGGUUAUGCACAGAUUCAAGGAUGCUGUUCAACCCCAAUUGCCCGCCUUCGCUGCCCUUUCCCGCUACUAUGCCUCCAAGUCCUUCCCCCCUCACACUAUCAUCAGCAUGCCUGCUUUGUCGCCAACAAUGCUUGCUGGAAACAUCGGUGCCUGGCAAAAGAAGCCCGGCGAUGCCCUGCAGCCCGGAGAUGUUUUGGUCGAGAUUGAGACCGAUAAGGCACAGAUGGACUUUGAGUUCCAAGAAGAAGGUGUCUUGGCUAAGGUUCUGAAGGAAACUGGUGAGAAGGAGGUUGCUGUCGGUUCUCCUAUCGCCGUCCUCGUCGAAGAGGGUACUGAUGUUUCGUCAUUCGAGUCGUUCACCGCUGAGGAUGCCGGUGGUGACAAGGGCGCUGCCCCAGCUCAGGAGAGCAAGGAAGAGUCCAAGGGUGCUGCUGAUGCUGCUCCCGCUUCUACACCUGCCCCCGAGCCUGCUGCUCAGGAGCCCGAGACCUCGGGCGAGAAGCUUCAGCCCAGUCUUGACCGCGAGCCUACCAUCAGCCCCGCUGCUAAGGCUCUUGCUCUGGAGAAGGGUGUGCCAAUCAAGGCCCUUAAGGGUACUGGCAGAGGCGGUCAGAUCACCAAGGAGGAUGUUGAGAAGUACAAGCCCAGCGUUUCUGCCGCUGCUGGUCCUACCUAUGAGGAUAUCCCUCUUACCUCCAUGCGCAAGACUAUUGCCAACCGCCUUCAGCAAUCUACCAGAGAGAACCCCCACUUCUUCGUCUCGACUACUCUGUCUGUCACCAAGCUUCAGAAGCUCCGCCAGGCCCUUAACGCCUCCGCCGAUGGCAAGUACAAGCUUUCCGUCAAUGACUUCCUUGUCAAGGCUUGUGCCGCUGCUCUUCAGAAGGUACCUGCUGUCAACUCCAGCUGGCACGAGGAGAACGGCCAGGUUGUCAUCCGCCAGCACAAGACUGCCGACAUCAGUGUUGCCGUUGCCACCCCUGCUGGACUGAUCACUCCUGUUGUGAAGAACGUCCAGGGUCUCGGCCUCUCCAGCAUCUCUAACUCUAUCAAGGACCUUGGCAAGCGCGCUCGCGACAACAAGCUUAAGCCGGAGGAGUACCAGGGUGGUACUUUCACCAUCAGCAACAUGGGAAUGAACCCUGCCGUUGAGCGGUUCACUGCCGUUAUCAACCCCCCUCAGGCUGGUAUCCUGGCUGUCGGUACCACCCGCAAGGUUGCCGUCCCUGUCGAGACCGAGAACGGUACCGAGGUUGUGUGGGACGACCAGAUCAUUGUGACCGGUAGCUUCGACCACAAGGUGGUCGACGGUGCCGUUGGUGCUGAAUGGAUUAAGGAGCUGAAGAAGGCCCGUGCCCCAAGCGUUGGUGGAGUCUAUAAGGAUGAAUCCGAGAGCACCGCCUCGUUAGUCGAUGUAGAUUCGCAACACGUCACCGUCGUGGAGUCAGAUUUCCUGGAUCAAGACAUCAAGACCACCACUCAAGCUGAGCGGGUAGAACGGGAAGAGUCUGAGGAAAACAAGAAAGCGAGGGAAGAACAGAAAGCCAAAGCCAAGGCCAAGGCCAAGGCUAAGGCUUCUGGCGUUUGCCGCAACUCGGAUAAUCCUGUCUAUAUCGGCAACGCUGUGCUUCUCAGCUUGGUAGGCGCAGGGCUGGGGUUCGGUGCAUACCGGAAACAUGCUGAAGGCAAACUCUCCUGGGAGCUGAUUGGACUUUGGUCCGGUGCUGUUGGGGCAUUUGGUGCAGUUGAUUAUUUCGUCAGCAAUUGUGACGGAAACUUAUGCAACGCUAUAGGCCAGAUCGCAGCUUCACUUGCUUCCUUAUCACGCACAGUCGAUGACUACUCAGCUUUAUCGAAGAAAGAAUUGAUACCCGAAAAACAACAGAAGGCGUUCGAGAGAGUAAAUAAUUUUCGGUCGGAGCUCACAGAUUACCGACAGCAUUUCGAUCGGCUACGCAAAGAACGAGAGGAUGCGCAAUCCGUGACAAACCGUAAUGAACUACUUGGUCGACGUCCACAUCACACAGCGACACCAGAAAACCCAUACGCCCAAUCUUCCCUUCCACAGUCGUCGGCCUUCGCUCCGUCUUCAUCCCGCGGAGGGCUCAGUUUCGGCGCUUCACCCGCAGAUUACAACCGUGAGACUCAUGCGCUUCGCGAGCAAUCUUUCUUGGCCAACACGAGCACGCAGCUUGAUGACUUCCUGGACCGGGGACGUGCUGUACUUGCGGAUCUUGGACAGCAGCGAGAAGUGUUGAAGGGGACGCAGCGCCGGCUGUAUAGUGUUGCUAACACCCUGGGAGUCAGCGGUGAAACCAUUCGAAAAGUGGAGCGACGGGCUAAGCAGGACAAGUGGAUUUUCUGGGGUGGGGUCGUGAUAUUCUUCCUCUUCUGCUGGGCUGUAUUGCACUUUGUGAGAUAA